AAAAAAAAAAAAAACAACACAACAUGACGGUCUGAGAUAGUUAGCACACCAACCAGCUCAUAUUCACACACAUACAUACCAUACACCAUGCUGUCGUCAAUUGACAGCGACGCCUUUGGGUUCCCUGUCGCGAAGAGACAGAAGGUCGCCCCAGGCCAGCUCGUCUCGAAAGAUACUGCUGCUCCUCUCCCUCCGAGCUCGCGGAUAUUCUCACCCUUCAGAACUCUAGGACUUGUAUCCCCAACCACUGUGCCCUUCACCUCUGUCCCGCUGGGCAAAACCACAUUCCAAAUCACCACCUCUGUCGGCAGAUCCCUGCAGACCUACGACCUCCGCCGUGGCCUAAGCCUGGUCUUCCUCACACGCCCCCAAACCCCCACAGUUAUAACGGCAAUAUGUGCCUGGAAGGACAAGGUGUUGGCUGCCUGGGGUGGUGGUAUCUGGGUGUUCAAACGUGGGAAGAAAGUGGGAGAACUGCCCUUGCCCUCCUCACCAGCAACUACAGGAGGGACAACCGAACCGAUUGAGCAGCUGCUAGUGUUUGGCUCGUGGAUUGUUGGCUGCGGCAGCAAUACCAUUCGCGUGUGGAAGUCUACGACCUUCGAGCAUUACACGACCCUCACCCCUCCCAGUCAACGAUCAGCAUCGUCCAAGGGGGGUGCCACUCGCGUCCUGACGGGCCGGAUAUGCAACAUGCCCACAUACCUCAACAAGAUCUUCGCCGGCCGCCAGGAUGGCAGCAUUGAUAUCUGGAACCUUUCCACGGGGAAACUGGUCUACACCAUCCUCCCCACAACCCCAGACGCAGGCGCCGUGACGGCCAUGGAGCCUACACCCGCCCUCUCCCUUCUCGCAAUCGCCUACAGCAGCGGAGCCCUGACCAUCCACAACGUCAGAACGGACCAGGCCGUCCUACAACUCCGCUCUCCCGCUUCAGCUUCAACGACCGCGCCCAUCUCGCCAAUCACCUGCAUCUCCUUCCGCACCGACGAUCUAGGCGCCGGCCACGACGGCCGCAAAGCAGGCGUCAUGGCCACUGCCAGCGCCGACAGCGGCGACAUCACCAUGUGGGACCUGAACAACGGUGGCAGAGUCACCGGCGUCCUCCGCGACGCGCACGAAUCCUCCUCCUCCUCCUCCUCCUCCGAAGAACCCGGCAUCAGCAAAAUCGAGUUCCUAAACGGCCAACCCGUCCUAGUAUCCACAGGCACCGACAACGCGCUCCGCUCCUGGAUCUUCGACGAGACCCCUUUCUCACCGGUCCCUCGGCCCCUGCACUCACGCAGCGGCCACUCGGCGCCCAUCACCACCCUCCGCUUCCUCCCCGCCUCCUCCGACGACUCCGACGCCGUUGGCAAAUGGAUUCUCAGCGCCAGCAAGGAUCGGAGUCUAUGGGGCCUGAGUCUGCGGAAGGAUUCGCAGAGCACGGAGCUGUCGCAGGGCCAUGUGAAGCAAAAGAGUAAGAAGAAGGGUUAUCUAGGGGCGCGGACGGAGGACUUUAAAACGCCCGAGAUUACCUGUGUGGCGUGCUCGUUGAAUAGGGAUGGAGGCAUGGGGACUGCAGCGGGCGCUGCGGGUGCGAGCGGGCCGGCCUGGGCUAAUGUGAAGGGGGGCACUACGGAGUCAACUAAUUUGACUGGGUGGGAGAGUGUUGUUACGGGCCAUCGGGGUGAUAGGUUUGCGCGGACCUGGUUUUGGGGGAGGAAGAAGGCUGGGCGAUGGGCUUUUGCAACGCGUGAUGGUACGGAGGUUAAGAGCGUCGCUGUUUCGCCGUGUGGCACCUUUGCACUAGUCGGGUCCGCGGGUGGCUCAAUUGACAUGUACAAUCUGCAAUCCGGCAUGCAUCGACAGUCGUUCCCAGCGCGGGUAACUCCCGCCCAAGCGAGGAAGUUGAAGAUCAUGCAAUUGGAUGAAAUGGACGAUAUGGAGACUGGGGCCAGCGGCAAACGAGGCUUCCAAAUGGGCGAGGGAAAACACACCAGCGCCGUUACAGGGUUGAUGGUUGACGCACUGAAUACUACAGUUAUAAGCUGCGGGCUUGAUGGGAAAGUGAAGUUCUGGAAAUUCACUACGGGCCAACUCCUGCACGAACUAGAUUGGCAUCCCAUGUGCUCUAUCACCGGCCUCCGCCAGAACGCCUCCAGCGACCUGAUCGCCCUAAGCUGCGACGACCUCUCCAUCCGCGUCAUCGAUAUCGAGACGCGCAAACUUGUCCGCGAACUCUGGGGCGCCAUCGGCCAGAUCAACGACUUCUGCGUCUCCAACGACGGCCGCUGGAUCAUCGCCGCAUCCAUGGACUCCGUCAUUCGCGUCUGGGACCUGCCAACAGGCCAUCUGAUCGAUGCCUUCCGUCUGGCGAAUACGUGUACCGCGCUCGCGAUGUCGGUGACAGGCGAGUUCCUGGCGACGGCGCAUGCAGAUGGGGUUGGGGUGAGUAUUUGGAAUAAUCGAAGCUUGUUCACGCAUGUCCCGACGAAGCAUAUUGAGGAGGAUGCUAUUGUGGAGGUGAGCGCGCCGACGGCGUCGGGGGAGGGUGGGGCGGCGAUUUUGGAAGCUGCGUUUGAGGAGGAUGCGGGGGAUGGAGGUGAUGAGGGGCCGCUUGUGUUGCCGACGGAGCAGUUGAGUAGUGAUAUGAUGACGUUGAGUAUUACGCCAAAGAGCAGGUGGCAGACGCUCUUGCAUCUUGAUGUUAUUAAGGAACGAAACAAACCCAAGGAACCCCCAAAGGUCCCACAGAAAGCCCCCUUCUUCCUCCCUUCCACCCUCACCAAACCCGAUUCCGACUCUACCUCGCUCAUCCCAGCAGCAGGGGCAGAAGAAGACACCUCAGAAACCAAAAAGACCACCCCAGCCGAACGCUCCCGGAUCGCCAAACUCCAACGCGCCAACGACCCCAGCAUGCAAGCAUCCAAAUUCACCACCCUCCUCCAUUCCUGCUCCUCCGCCUCCAGCAAUAGUACGAAGCAAACCGGAAACCCCUAUGACCCUUUCAUCGCCUACCUCAAAUCCCUCCCCCCGGCCAAAGCCGAUCUAGAAAUCCGCUCUCUCGACCCAGGCCUGCUAAGUGGGAAUAGACACGGCGCUACCAACGAGCUGGUAGCGUUCGUGCAGGCGCUGACAGCGCAGUUGCGGACGAGGAGGGACUUUGAGCUUGUGAAUGCGUGGAUGGCUGUGUUUUUGCGGGUGCAUGGGGAUGUUGUUGAUGUUGGAGAAGAUGAGAAUGGGGAGGGGAAUGAUGAUGAUGAUGAUGAUGGUGGUGAUGGUGAGGGGGAGGCAGAGGGGACAAGGACAGCGUUGCGGGAGGCGCUGGGGGAGUGGAAGGUUGAGCAGGAGCGGGAGGGGAGGAGGUAGAGGAGGUGGAGGGGUAUUGUAGGGGGAUUGUGGGAUUUUUGCGCUCUGCGAGGUAAAACGAAGCUAUAAUACAAGGACAGGACAUGGAGAUGGGUAGGCAGGAGUGUAAACCGAAACCCUUUAUCUUUCUAGCGUAUAAUACCAAAAAAAAAAAAAAAAUAAAAAAAAAAAAAAAUAAAUAAAUAAUUCCCCGACAGUGGUCUAAAAAUAAAUCCCGCCAGCCCCCGUUCUAUGAUAGCGCAAGCAAAGGCAGAUGAGGCUGAGACCUGAUGUCCGCACUAUUCCUAAAGUAGCCUAGAUUAUGGCGGCAACUGCGCGCCAAGAGCCGCCACGUGCUCUUAGUGCCCGAACAGGAAAUGCCAG